GGGCGGGGAGGAAGGCGGAGGCGGCCGUGGCCACCUUUUCCGUGGUGCUGCGUGCAGCCCGGAGGCUGCCGGGUGCUCUGUCGGGGCGAGCGACUGUGGUGGGGGCCUUGGGCUGUGCCCGCCCUGCGUCCGCAGUCGCGCAGGGGCCGACCCGCGGAUCCAGCCCUCCCCCCACCGCCCGGGCGGCGGCGUGACAGUUGGUACCCCGGCCGCGUCGCAGCCGGCCAGGCGGCCACGGUUUCGGGGAUUCUCCCACCAGGGACCCUCGAUGGCCCUCGACGACGGAGCAGAUACUCAUAGGAGGACUACAAGAAGAAUAUCUCCUUAAAAAAGUUCUACCACCUGUACAUUUAUAUCAGAAGUGUCACUGUGUACUAGUUCAGGGUGAAGGCAGCAUGAGUGAUCCCUGAAUGUGCCCUUGAGCAUACUUAAUGGUUCAUUUUUGAUUAGGAGAAAGAAGACAGCCAUUCCCUUGAAAGCACAUGUUUCAGACUCCCAAACCUUUUGGAGGAAGUUACUUUGCUCAGGGACCAGAAAACUGUGGAGGAGAAAAAAGGCUUGAACUAAAGAUUAAACAAGACAAAGCUUCAGUACCUGGGAGAAUUGUGGACUUUCUGAAUUUUAAGAAGAGUGAAGUUGGAGCACUGUAGAAGGUGUAUAAAAGGUUACACAGAUUGGAAGGAAGACUGAUGAAGAAAAACAACAUAGUUCAGGUGAUGGGAGUGUACUGGAACAAUGGGAGAAGCUGGUAUCUUAUAGAAAGCCAAGAUGACAAGAAAUUUUUUGCAUAAUUUAGGGCCACACCCCAGCAUUCCAAAAACCCUCUGCUGUCAGCCACACCCGCCUCCAUGCUGGAGCCUCUGAGCUGGGGCUUAGCUUCCCGAUUCGCAGCUGCCUUCCUAGAGCGGAUUUGCUAGUCUGCCAGAAGACUCCAGGCCCGCAGCCGUCCCUGCGAGCGAGCCCGCAGGCGGGGGAGAGGGACAACGUGGGCCCGGCGUCCCUACGGGCGCUCGCCUGUCUGCUUGCGCUGGAGCAGGGAGCGCACACCGGGAGCACAAGCCCAGAGCGCGCCCCAGCCGCGCGCAAACUUGGUGCUCCUGGAAGUUUUCCCGGAGGCUGCCUCAAGGAGGGGAGACUAAGGAAGAAUCCGGUUGAAAAUGAGGUAAAUUAAUGCUUGGGCACUCAGAACCGUGGACAGCUACAUGAAGUUUUAAAAAUCUGCCCCAACCAUCUUGCCAAAGGAGCUCCCAUUCAUGAGGCCCAACAGGAUGAACCAAUCAAGGAGGGACAGUGUCCUGCCCUAUAGGACCAGUGACUGCUGACCUCCCAGAGCAGGCUGGUGACUGCAUUGUUGUCUGCCAGUACAAUGAAGGAAGUGGUUUAUUGGUCACCCAAGAAGGUGGCAGACUGGCUCUUGGAGAAUGCUAUGCCAGAAUACUGUGAACCUCUGGAACAUUUCACAGGCCAAGACUUGAUCAGCCUAACCCAAGAGGAUUUCACAAAACCCCCCUUGUGCCGAGUCUCCUCAGACAAUGGGCAGCGGCUCUUAGACAUGAUAGAGACCCUGAAAAUGGAGCACCACAUGGAAGCACACAAGAAUGGCCAUGCCAAUGGGCACCUCAGUGUUGGUGUAGACAUCUCCACCCCUGAUGGCAGCUUCAGCAUCAAGACAAAACCCAAUGGGAUGCCAAAUGGGUAUAGGAAAGAGAUGAUACAGAUCCCCAUGCCAGAAUUGGAGCGCUCCCAGUACCCCAUGGAGUGGGGCAAGACUUUUCUGGCCUUUCUUUAUGCACUUUCCUGUUUUGUCCUCACCACAGUGAUGAUCUCGGUCGUCCAUGAACGAGUACCUCCUAAGGAGGUGCAGCCUCCACUACCGGACACAUUUUUUGACCAUUUUGACCGGGUGCAGUGGGCCUUUUCUAUUUGUGAAAUUAAUGGCAUGAUCCUUGUAGGACUCUGGUUACUUCAGUGGCUGCUCUUAAAAUACAAGUCUAUUAUUAGCAGAAGAUUUUUCUGCAUAGUUGGCACGCUGUACCUGUAUCGGUGUAUUACAAUGUAUGUUACUACACUCCCAGUACCUGGUAUGCAUUUCAACUGUUCUCCGAAGCUUUUUGGUGACUGGGAAGCCCAAGUCCGGAGGAUAAUGAAGCUGAUUGCUGGAGGUGGCUUAUCUAUCACGGGUUCUCACAACAUGUGUGGGGACUAUCUGUACAGCGGGCACACGGUCAUGCUAACACUUACCUACUUAUUUAUCAAAGAGUAUUCACCUCGACGACUCUGGUGGUACCACUGGAUUUGCUGGCUUCUCAGUGUCGUUGGAAUCUUCUGUAUUCUCUUAGCGCAUGACCACUACACUGUGGACGUGGUGGUGGCAUAUUACAUCACCACAAGACUGUUCUGGUGGUAUCACACUAUGGCCAAUCAGCAAGUGCUAAAGGAAGCUUCCCAGAUGAACCUCCUGGCCAGGGUGUGGUGGUACAGGCCAUUUCAGUACUUUGAAAAGAAUGUCCAAGGAAUCGUACCUCGGUCUUACCAUUGGCCCUUUCCCUGGCCAGUAAUCCACCUCGGUAAGCAAGUGAAAUACAGCCGGUUGGUGAAUGACACAUAACAGCUAUACAAAGUGGGAGAAUGAGGAACUGUCCAAAGUGCUAAGAACUCCAUGAGAGAAGAUGCCAUAAAAUAAACACCUCCCUAAUCCUAUUAUCUUUCAACAGUUACCUUGACUUAACCUAUUGAGUUACCUGGUCAGCACUGUGAUCUUUUUUUCUCUCCAAAGGACCUGCAUUGGACAACAAUAAAGAAAAUUUAACCAUCAUGCACUGUACACAUUUUCUGUUCAUAAGUUUGGGAUUUACAUCACCUACAACUACCAUGUUCCUUUGUAUAUGAAGCGACAGUAUAAAUGUAAGCUUUUAUAUAAGUUCUGGUCUUUCCAGUCACAUCUGGAAAUAAAGCGUAUUAUUUUCUUGGGAAAACAUACUUUUCAUAUCUCUUGCCCCAAAGAUUGGGCUGUAAGCCAUUUUCUAGCAAAUGUCUCUAUGAAGGUUUCUAAGUACCUGAAUGGGGUUCGGUUCUGAAAUCUUCCUACCUGUUGCACCAAUGUUCAAAUAAAAAUGACAGACACAGAGAGGUUUGGUAACUUUGGAUUUUGUAAAAUCAACAGAGACAGUGUGUCAAAAAGUGCAAAAAAAAAAAAAAAAAAGAUUCUGUUAUAAAGUGAUUUUCUAAGUAUUUCCUAACUUUAUUUUUCAAAAUGAUAUUAUGAAAACCAAAUUUAAAGAUUUUUACAUGCCAGAGAGAAGAGUUAAAAUGUAAAAUGCUUCUUGGGAGAGAAAUGUGUCUAUGUUUCUAGUGCCUUUCUUGUCUUGAUUGUAUGGUCCGUAGGCAAUCUUAAAUGUUUUUAUUUAAAAUAAAGUAUUCCACAAAAAUAUAAAUGUAUGUAUACACUACUAAAUUUUGCAUUUAUAGCUAAAUUAAAUCAGAAGACUGCUUAUGGUUUUACAAUUGCUUUGAAUUAAAGAAUCAACUAAUUAGAGUCAGAGCUUGUUCACAUAUUGUGAGCAGGUAGUAAUGACAUGUACCACUUCAAUUAGUUUAUCAUCUGUUUGGUAGUUUGAUUUUAACUACUCUAUGAAAACAGCCAUGAAUAUCUUUUUUGAAAAGAGAGUUUUGAAAAUGAUCACUUACCUAAAACUUGAAAGCUACAAAUUAGUUAUCCAUACUCUCAUGACAAUUUUGUUGGUCAACAACAAAAGAGAUCUAUUUCUUUAAAAUAUAUUUGUGCAGAAACUGCAUGUAACUCUAAGUUUUACUCCUAACAUACGUAUGUUUGGGGAAGUAUUCUAUUCUAUACUUGCCAAUGUGGAGAACAAAAUAGUUUUUUAAGGAUGAAAAAGUAUAUAUAUCCAUUCUGUAUUUUACGUGCAGCAGAAUUAUCUACUGUAGGGUUUUUUUGUGUAUUCACAAAGUGAUAUUUGUAUUGUAAAACAAUAAUGGUGAAGGAAAUAAAACGGCUUUUAAAAUUGUUUGUUUUAAAUCUUUGUAAAGUUACUAUUCCAGAGAGUAUACUGAUACCUUACAGCUUACCUAGAUCAUAAAUUAAUCAAAAUGCACUUUUUAAUAAAAAUCGAUACUUCAAAUA